GGUUGAGCGUUAUCAGGAACUACAUUAUACUCACUUGUAAUACGACGUACUGCUUUGACAUAUCCAAUGCUAUAUAGAAACUACACACGACUGCUUGUAGUACAAUAGAGAACACAUACCACACGCAUAUCUAUAAGCUGGGAAUUUAAUGCUAUUGGGUGGCUUUUGUUAAAAUCAACCUAUAAAUCUCCACUUUAGUCAGGAUCCAUAGGUGUCGAUAACAAUUCCCUUGGGAAUUAAUUAGUUCUAUCCUUGUAUUUCCAUAAUAGAGGGAAUCUCUAAGAGAAGAAAAUGUUGGAGUCAACUAAGCAAAUCUUAACUUCUACUAGAAUUAUUUUAGCCAGCGGAUCACCAAGGAGAUAUAAAAUAAUUAAAAAGUUGGGAUUCGAUUUUGAAGUCAUAGUAUCUAAUUAUGAUGAAAAUUUAGAUAGGUCUAUGUAUAAAAAUCAUGGAGACUAUGUUCAGGAUUUAGCUAAAUUUAAAGCUCAAGAGGUACAUAAACGUAUUCAAAAUGAUCCUAAUUUACCAUCUUUAAUCAUUAGCGCAGAUACUCUUGUAACUGUUGGUGAUACUAUUUAUGGAAAACCAAAGGAUGAGUCUGAUGCAUUUCGUAUGCUAUCUCAUCUUGCAAAUAGAGAGCAUGUCGUUUACACCGGAGUGUGUUUGAAAACACCUAAGAAGGAAGUUAUCUUCCAUACGUCAACAAAAGUAAAAUUUGGUGACUUAUCUGAAGAUCAGAUAAAAGCAUAUAUAAAAACAGGAGAAUGUCUAGAUAAAGCGGGAGGAUAUGGAGCGCAAGGUCUUGGCGGUUGCUUAAUUGAGAACAUAAGUGGUGACUUUUAUACUGUCAUGGGCAUGCCAAUAUAUUUUGUGACUAAACAUCUCAAUGAGAUAUUUGCUAAUUCUAGAUCUUAACAUGGCGGAUCUUGACCAAUGAAAACAAGCGAAUAGAUGUAAGAGGAACGUGAAUUGCUGUGUUAGGGUUACGUCAAAGAAAUAACUAGAAACAGCCA